AUGCCCAAGGUCAUGGUUAUUGAGGCUAUAUCAACAACAGAUUAUGGAAUCAAUGUCGACAUUGAUGAGAUUUACGAAUAUAUCGAGAAUAGGUAUAAAAUACCGCCAUAUUACAAGAAGAUAUUGGAAGACAAAGCUGAAGAGAC